CCUUUUACUAUGUCUGCCCUGUUUGUUUAGCUGAUAACAAUCUUUAUCACUGUCCAAAGUCCAAGCCGCUGCGGAGAACGGUCAAAGUGAAACCUUUCUUUUUAACAUCGGAAUAAAAACGCCACGACUCCACAGGCUGGACUCCAUGUUGUGUUGUUUUCUGGAGCAGAGAAUUGGUUUUACAGACAGUUAUUUCUUAUGUUCCUAUGUUCUUAUUUAGCGUGAAACCGGUCGAUUAAGACGAUCAGACAGACGGAUUGGUUCAAAAGAAAUCCAUCGAGUUGGUGAUCUGUUCCUGUGGAAGGGUCCCCUUGGAAAGCAGAAGGGAUGAGAGGACUGGGUGUUUUGCGGAGAGCUGAUGGGGUCGUGCUCUGUCUCCUUCUGCUGGUGUACUCUGCACACGCAGGCGAUUUUAAAGUGGAAGUUCCAGUUGAACCCGUGUCUGCCCAUGUGGGGAGCAGCGUCCUGCUUCCCUGCCGCAUCUCCACAGGUGUCAGUGCCGUGGGGAUGGAGGUGAGCUGGGUGAAAAACGGAAAUGAAACCGUGCAUGUCUACGUAUCCGGAGCCGACCUGGAAGGCCGGCAGAGCCCAGGAUUCAAAGGCAGAACUCACCUCGAUAAAGAAGCACUGGGAGCCGGGAACGUGUCUCUGCAGCUGAACGACGUCAGAGUCUCGGACGAAGGAAGCUAUCAGUGUUACGUACUUUCAGAGAGCUGGUUCACUGACUCCACCAUGAAGUUAAAGGUCUCGGCUCUCGGGAGACCCCCGCGCUUCAGUCUGGCUGGCCGGCUGGACAGUGACGUCACUCUGCAGUGUGACUCGGAGGGCUGGUUUCCUAAGCCGGAGCUCCAGUGGUGGAAUGUGAAGGGUGCUGAUUUAACAGGGAGGGCUGUUCUCACUGAGAAGCCAGGAGCAGACGGGCUCUUCACUCUCCAGAGUUCUCUGCAGAUAUCGGAACAGGAGGCCGACGGGGUCAUCUGUCUUAUAAGACACGGGAAGGAGAGGAGAGUCCUGCAGACCCGAAUCCACAUCGGGGGUGAAUUCUUCACGCUGGUCUCCCCCUCAUGGAAAGGCUUGUCAGUGUUUUUAAUAGUUUGUGUGAUAGCCUUCAUAGUCCUCAUCGCUGCGGGUGUGUACAAAUACAAGAAUCUCAGAGAUUCUCAGACAAUGGCUAAACAGAAUCACGAAGCAGAGUGUGAUGAUCUUCGUAAAGAAAUAAAAUCCAAAGGAUUUGUCCUCGAAUCAGAAUGGGAGCAGAUUCAAAGUCAAACAGUGGCUGUGACUCUGGACCCUGAUACAGCACACUGUCAUCUCACUGUGUCUGAAGAUGGGAAACGUGUGAGACAUGAUAGCAAAGACAAGAAGGCCCCCAACACUGAACGGAGAUUUGAUCACCAUUACUUUGUGCUGGGCAGGGAGGGGUUCACCUCAGGGAGACACUACUGGGAGGUGGAGGUGGGGAAGAGGGAUUGCUGGAAAGUGGGUGUGGCCAGCGAGUCUGCCAAGAGGAAAGGAGUUUUAGAUCUGAGUCCCAAGGAAGGUUACUGGGUGCUCCAGUUAAUGUUUGGACAUGAUCUCAGAGCCUUGACCGACCCCGAGACCCCUCUCAAGGUGCUGCCCCCCCUGAAGGUCGGGGUGCAUCUGGAUUAUGAAGAGGGCAAGCUCUCCUUUUACAGGGUGGAGGAUCGUUUUGUUAUUUACACCUUCCUGGGGAAAUUCUCUGGGAAACUCUUCCCUUUAUUUUAUCCAGGAGAAGAAGGGGAAGAACUUGUGAUCCUGAACAAACAAGAUCAGUCGGAGAAGUCGGAUUCAUCAAAGGCAGAGCCGAACAGCAUCCCCGUGUAAUUGUUCUGUUUGUAUAAAGGGAAAUCUCUUUACAAGUGAAUUGGAAAUCCCAGGAACCUCAACAUUUUAAUUGAUGUCAUUUUAAAGGAGAGUACACUGUCCUAUCUUUUCUUUCAGUACAGAUGUUGUCCAUUGGCAGUGAAGAGGUUCAGAUAAACUGGGAGAACUCUCCCUGUAAAGUUGGCACCACACCAGAAUCACACCAAAAAAAAAUUAAAACAAAAUUUAAAAUGUUGGUCUAGAGCAAAAUUCUCCUUGAAUCCGCCCCAAAGGGUCUGCUGAGAUUCUCUGUUUAUAUCGUUGAUUAUUAUUUUAUAUCGUAACUUAACAGGCUGAGGUCUGAUCUCCGAUAGUUAUGAGAAAGAAAAUAGAAUAGCUUUUUACUUUUUUUUUGUAUUUUUUCUAAAUAUGUUAAUGUCUGUUUUCUAAAUGUUUUAACAUAAUUGGUUUUAAUUGGUUAUUAAAUACUGUUCCAGAUGGUUAACUUGGG